CCUUGAUGAAGAAGCCUUCAAGCGACCACCACAAAGGACUUUAAGAUCAGAAAUUUCUAGUAAUAACCCUACUUCUAACUUGGAGUUUCAGGAAGAUUUCUUUGCAAAUGAGAAAGAUGAAACGUUCGAACAAGAAGAUCACUUUUUUGAGAAUGCAGUCGUGUUUGAUGAUUUCAAUGAUGACUUUAUGGUGGACCAACCAUUACCAAUGUCAAAUUCUCAGCAAACUAUCACUAAAGAUUCUGAUAUUAUUCAAGAUGAAAAUGAUGACUAUCCAAUAGAGCCUCUUAACUUUGUAGAAGAUCAUUUUUCUGUUCCGAGUGCUAGUGAGCUUGAGGAAGUUAAGCAAGAAGAUCAAGCGUCUGAGGCAUUAACAAGUGUCAAAAAUUCAACUACUACUAAUAUAGCAGGACCUUCUACAGGCGAAAUUCAAGGUCUAAUGAACACUGAAUUAUCCAGUCCAUUUGAUCGUAUGUUGUUUGUGGAUUCGCCAUUUAAAAAUCCUGAUCAUGAUGGUUCGUCACAACUAGCAUCUGAAUUUGCGUAUAUGGUAGAUGGCCACAGCGAUACUUCUAGUCAAGUCAGCUCGCGAGUUGAUUCUGAUAAUUCCAGCGUUCGAGAUGGUAAACGACCUGAACAAAAGAAUCGUUCCUCUAGACCAAAGCUCAGCCGUUCAAGAAAAAGCAAACUUGACAUUAAGUUUGAUAAGAUCAAUUUAGAAUUUGACUUAUUUCCAAAAGACAAUUUGCUGGCGUCUCGACUACUGUUACUUAUUAGAGAUCUAGAAAUUCUCGACAAUAUCAAAACAUCUGCAUGGAAUAAAUUUUUGUCUCACUUACGUCCAGAUAAUGAUACAAAUCCUCGUGAAAAUAAAUCUAAUAUGGUUAAGAUAGAGUUAACGAGCGUUCGUCCUGUUCUAACAGAUCCUGUUGAAGAGCUUCGUUUAAAG